UUCUCCGCGGUGUGUCGACGCAGCAGCAGCAGCAGCAGCAGCAGCGGCUACGGCUACGGCUACGGCACUCAGGACACACACUCUCGUUUCGGAGCUCCACGCGCGGCGUUGCACAUUGAGCCAUCGGGAGUUUUGAUCGAACGCGGAGGAGAGAAGCGGCAACCCCGCGCUCCGCUCUUUUUCCGCAUCUCCAGCUUGCGUGUAACGCGAUUAAGCGCCGUGUCUGUGUGUGUGUGUGUCUGUGUUGUGGAAGCGAGGAGCCGAGUCCGUGUGUUGGUGCAGCGAGAGAGUUACGGAGCGACGAGUCGCGCGACGUUGCCACGUCUCUGCGUCCCCGAAAGCAGCCCCGCAGCACCGCUGCCGAGCGACGGACUGUGUUUCUGUGUGUUUCUGUGGGUGUGCGACGGUGUGUGGACACGGCCAGGGCUCUGUGCAGCCGGUAAACAAGAAGUCGGAGCAUCAGCGCCGGACGGAGAGGCAGAGGUGCGCGGAAGAGAAGCAGCCGCGUAUCGACACGAUCGAGCCGAGGAGACUUGGCAACGCCGCGCUAUCUCUCGUCUCGCCGUACGCACACCAGUGCGCUGUUAGCACACGCACGGGACAAUACAGCCGAACAGCUGUUUACCGUGGACGCCGAGGACGGCGCUGCAGUACGAGCCGCGGCCCCUUCCCGGCGCAGGCUUCUCCCACCGCGCCGACCCCACGUACGGGUCGGACGAGUCCAAGGGGAGCGCGAUCGAGGGGCGCCCACGUAUAGCUCGCCGCGAGUGCGAGCGAGAUAGCGCGAUCGUGGUGGGGAGGCAGCGGCAGCGCUGCUCGGCGCGCGCGCGCGCCUUCAGUCGGCCUCGAACCGGAGAAUGUGACGGACGUCGUAGCGUGUUUUUGACACACAGUGUGCAGGAGCCGCCGCUCCGAAAUCAUCGUAUACACACACACACACACACUCGCGCGCGCGCGCGCUCUCGAGCGAGCGAGAGAGAGAGAGAGAAAGCGAACUGUGCUCGUAACGAUCUCCGCUACUACCACCGCCGUGUCAUAACCUCAAAGUCUCCGGGAGUGCCCUGAAAAAGUGUGUCUGCUCCGCGGCGCGCGCGCUCGGCGCUUGCCUGGAUCUUUUGGAGCAUUAGAGGGAGUGAGAGAGCGCAGUACAUCACACUGCGCGCGACGGCCAUGUUUGGUGUUUACGAGUCGAGGGGGAUUCGCCUGCAGCAGUGAGCCGACGAUAUAUACAGUGUGUGAGAAAGAGAGAGAGAGAGAGAGACGGACGAGUGAGAAUUCGAUUCUGCGCGAGUGAGAGAGAAAGCUGUUUUCUCUCCAGUGCAGUGACUCCGGUGUGCCGCUCGUGGAUCGAUGACAGGAAAAACGCCGGUUCUCGUGAAAUAGUGUGUGCAGUGCCAAUGAGUUGCUGUGAGCAGCCGACGAGCAAAGUAGCAGCCGGUGAGCAGCAGCAGCAGCAGCAGCAGCAGCAGCAGCAGCAGGAGCAGCGCGCUACUAACCCGCCGGAAAACGUCCGGUCGGAGUAGCGGUGCCGACCUCGUGCUGUGUGUCGGUGCGCUGUUUUGGUGUUUCGUGCGCCGAGAGUGUGACAGGUGCCUAGUGCGACUCGCGCGAGUGGCAGAGGCGAGAGCGAGCUCCUACUACUGUCCCGAGCCAGUAGUAGCUAAUUGAUUCGUCGACCCGUUCCCCAACUGGUGUGUGCUUCGAAACCUCAUCGCCCCAGCCGCGCACGCUGCGUGUCUCCGGCGAGUUUCGAGCCCCCACUGUCCCAGUCCGCAACGACGAUUUCGCUAAAGCGAAGCAGCGUUAGCAGCAGUGCAGGGCAACAGCGAGCGCAGCCCUCGUCGCUGUCGUCAACCAGCAACAGCAGCGGCAGCAUCUACGACGACUUGGACUUUGCCCACCGCUCCUCGGAGAGGAUCAAAGUCAAGCGCGCCUGCGAGGAGUCGGUCCAACUGCUGACCGAGCAGCUCCAGCAGCAGACGAGCGGCAACGGUGGCGCAACAGCAGCGCAAGCCGCCACCACGGGCGCCACCGCCAUAAAUCAAAUCAAGCGGCGCAUUAUCGCUAAGCUAUUCAGCGGAGGCGGCAAGUCCUCCGGCCAGAAGGAGACAGCGGCCUCGGCCAGUGCAACUACUGCCAGCGCGUCGAGCAACGCCUCGAGCAACGCCGGCAGCAUGGAUCUCGGCGACAGGGUCUACGCCGCCGAGAGGAUCACGAAGAAACGCGAGAAGCGGGGCAAAGUUGAAUACUACGUCAAAUGGAAAGGAUGGAGCAAAAAAUACAACACAUGGGAACCGGAGGAAAACAUCCUCGACGUAAGGUUAAUAGAGCUUUACGAGGAAAGUCAAAGGGGAGGCGAUGUCACAGCGAGAAGGCCAAGGCGAAGGGACACAAGAUACAGCGAACAGAUACUUGCGAAUCUCGUGGUCGAAGAAGAACCGGGUGGGGAUGAACGCGUGGGCGAGGACAGUCAGGACGAAUCCGCUACGGAAACCACCGUCGCUCCAGUAGUCACAGCCACGCGCCUCAGCUCGCCAGUCGACGCUCUGAACGUCGACGAGGACACGCUCGCCAGUUCGCUCGACGGACACGAGUCGCCGAUACCCAAACCAGACCACUUCUCUGCUGUCAGCGACUCCGAGAGCAGUAACAGCAGCCUCGAACUCCCCUUGAUGCCGAGGAGAAUGCCCGCGGGUACCAAGAGAAAGGCCGAGGUACUCAGCAAAGAGUCCGGCAAGAUCGGCGUCACCAUCACCACGAGCAGUCCCAGCAGUGGCAGUGGCAGUCCUCCACCCAGCAAGAAAAUCAAAGGAAGCUCCAGUUCACCGACUUAUCAUACGCAUAAGGUGAAUGGCAGGCGACCCUCGUCCUCGAGCGUCAAAUCCACACCCGAAGAGCCGCUUCCGGCUGUACCGACUACCCCGGCACCGGCUAUCCAGGACAAGAAGCGGCCAGAGGCCGACGUACCACGUGGCCCACCGCCUUCUUUACCGCGUGCACCUUCCGCUCCUCAAUCUCCUCAGAUGGACACUCCGCUCGAACCUUCACUUCAGCCACAACCAACUACCAAAAAGAAGCAGCAGCAACAGCUCGCGCAAACCGAUCACAUCAACAAGAGCCAGAGCCCCGACAAGGAGAAGCUGCAGCAGCAACAGCCGCAACCAAACGGCCCUGUGAACGUCGACGCAAAUGGACACAAGUCUCCCAGCCCUACAGAUUCGUACACCAACAACAACAGGUUAAACGCUGGUAUACUCAACGGCCACCACAGCCACAACAACAAUAACAACAACAAUAAUAAUCUCAACAACAACAUUACGAAUAAUAACAACAACAUAAACAACAAUAAUAAGUCGUCGAGCAUCAAGCAGCAGCAAACGGAUAUGUUGAAAGCUAACGAGACGGUUUACGUGCCGCUGACGAGUCCUGGCACCGAUUACUGGCAUGCGCGCAAUCCCGUGGCCGAUCAGGUCUUCAUCACGGACGUGACUGUCAACCUCAAGACCGUCACCAUCAGGGAGUGCAAGACUGAGAAGGGAUUCUUUCGCGAGCGGGAUCCCAAGAGCGACGUUUAUCAAUAGAAUGACCGAGAGAGAGAUAGCCACGUGUUGUAAUAUUUAAAUAUUUCAAAGCUUGUAUAUAUAAAUUAUUUUCGCACUAAAAGAGCACGGGUGGCAGGUAGACAGAUUGCCGAACGAUGGGGAGAGAGCGUUGUUACGUAGUAGCAAAGUUUAAAGUGACCUAAAUACACGCACUCUGAUUUCUAAAUUCACGGGCGCAUAUAGGGUGUUAUGACGAUUUUUGCAAGGCUUGGUAAAACAAAAACGACUCUUUUUUGUCUCGGGUUUCUACUUUCGUUUCGCCAAUCGCGAAUUGCGCGGAUCGCAUGUGGAAAGUGGUCAUUUAUUAAGUAAUCGGAGGAGGAUUGGUGAAUAAUACAAGGUUGCGAUGAUUGUAACAUAAUAAGUGAAAAUAAGAUGAUAAUGUAAAUCACUACUGCUUUCGACUCGAUCGUAAACACAUAAACAAACAAAUCUAAGAAAACGCUUUGUAGUUAAUAGAUUCGCUGAAAUAAUACAAAAAAAACGUAAAAAUAAAUGGCAGUCGAAGCAAUAUUCUCAUAUGCAGUUUUAAGGUGAAUCGCACUUUUGCCAAUGGCAGUUUAACGUACGAGAAGUCAGUAGGGAUCGGAUGCAAACUUGACUGGGUGUAUUUAUUGAUUAUACCGCUUAAGAUGAGCAAACGGUAGAUUCUUUUUCUUUGCGUAAGUUCCUAAAAAUUAAUCGUUUGCGAAAGAACAUUUUUACUUUUAACUUUUAUGAAAGUUCAAUAACUACUUUUCUGCUUUGUAGUGCAGUGAAGCAAGCAAAAUUAAUGAUUUUUCAUCGAUAUGCACAGUCAGUUCCUUUUUUUCUAUUAAGCAAACGUAAUAGACGUUCAUGUGCUCUUUUUGAAACCUAUUAUAAUAAAGAAAUGAAAUGCAUUUGUUAUUGAUACUAUAUAGAUGAUUGUCGGCGCGAUAUUAGGAUCGAUCGAUCUUUGACAGCCGUGUGUAAGUCUUCGAGCAUAUCUCAGCAUUUCGAUUGUUUUCGUCCUGAGUGCACUCUGUUCGGAUUAUUAUCGAGGAGACUAUACAGAAUUAAGAUUUAAUGAAACUUACUGACCAAAUUGUUCGUCUUACCAAGCAUAGAAUACUACUACUUCAGUCGCAAUUGUUUUAUAAAUGCCUACAUUCUGUGCAUUUCUUCGUAUGCACUUUCAGAACCAGUAAAUCCGUGAUAUAUAGAUAAUUAAUAUACAUACCCUUAAAAAACUAAUCGUAUAUGUUGCUUAUUUAUUAAAAAUCGGUUACGAUAAUUUGUAGAUUUUUAAAUUCUUAGUAUUAUAGAAUUAAACUAUCAAUGUGUAUGCAGGAUGUCCCAUGAAAUCAUUCGAGAAAUGAUUUCCUAAAUUCCCGAUUCGCACACACGAAUAUUGUAAAUACAGUUGAAAAACGGUUUAUGAGUUAUAAACUGACCAUUAUUUUUAGUGAAUUCAAGAAAAAAACUUGAAAUAUCAACUUUUUUACUCGUAAAAAGACACGAAAGAACGCGCUCCUUACCAAUUUAAUCACAAAUGGGACAACUUGUAUACUCAAGUAGGAUUUGCUCUUCUAGAGCUCCAAUCUUUUAGAAUUCGAACACACUGAAAAAAAACACAGCCAUUUUAACUGAACUCGCACCAGUAAUCCGUCAUUGUACGAAGACUCGCCAAAAUUACCGUAGAAUUCAGCAGUUUUAAAGAAUCAGUUCGGUCGUUUUUGCUGGUGUCCCGCGUAAGCGACCAAUUUUACGAGUCGCGACUCGCCAAAACUACCAGUGGCACACCGUUGUUCUUACUGAACAGUCGUUACGGUGGCAGAACGGUUAAAACUACCGGACUUUACAGCAGAAACGACUGUGUUUUUUUUUCAGUGCAUGAACAUGUUGUAAUAAGUGUACAUUGGAGAGAAGAGCAAGAAAAAUGAAAUUCAAAGGAAGGAGCAAGGAGCGAAUUCAAACAAUGCGUGUCUUGUAUAAAAAAAAAAAACAUGAAUUUGUAAAUAG